GGGGAACUUUAGUGGAUUAUCUUCCCCUGUCUAGCAGGUGCCCGUAAAGGUGGCGCUGUUGUCGAAUAGGUCUAUUGUUCUUUCCAAUUGUUUACUUCCGCAUAUUUUGACAAGCGAUUAACCGAGUUAGACACAAUCUUUUACAAUAAUUUUAUGAUAGUUUAUACGAUAAGUCUUAAACUAUGGCUUCACAAUUUAGCAGUUUAUCUUUAGGACAACUUCGCACAGAAUUAAGAAAGAGAAAUGCAAAGUUAUCUGGACGAAAAAAGGAAUUAAUCGAGAGACUUGAAGCAUAUGAUCGCAAUCAGAACUUUAACAACUGCGAGGAGCUUAUGCCAGAGUUUCGAAUGCAAAUUCCAGCCACCAGUUGCUACAAAGAUGUCAACACCGACAUGAAGAUGGCCCCGUUUGACCGUGAGCAGGCGAAUGCAUAUAUGGAACGGUUUGGAGUUGAGUUCGACCAAGUGGUGACUUCUUUGUAUGGUGACAAGUUCUUGUUGUACCUUAGGAUGUUUUCUUCAGAAAAGUUGUGCUAUGUAAAAAGUUCAUGUAGGGCAGAAAUGAAAAAGAAAAUUGAUUAUGUCGUUGACAUUACAUUCACCAAACAUGGCUUUGUGCAUGAGGCACAGUGUGAAUGUGGUGCUGGUGAAGGUCCGUUCGGACAUUGUAAACAUAUAAGGACUGUUCUGUAUGCGUGUGUGAAAUUUGUUCAAUCCGGAGAAGUUAAGGUGGAAUCAUCUUGUACCCAACAGCUUCAGUCUUUCCACAAAUCGAAGAAACACACAGGAUCCCCGGUAAAGGCUCGAGACCUCAAGAUAGGUGGAGCUGAGAUUUGUAAUAUUGCAGACUUUGACCCCAGGCCUAGUCAGUUUAGAAAUGCUGCCAAUUACAAAGACCAUUUCUACAACACAUGUAUGAAUUUUGCUACAAUAUCAAAAACUCCAAUUUUUCAAACUUUCGAGCCAGCAAAUAUGUACGCUUAUAGCAAUGAUCACGACUAUUUCAGUACGUCACAUGAACAGAACUUUCUAAACCUCAACAAAAUUACCAAAAUAACAUCAGAAGAGUGUGAAUGUAUUGAAGAACAGACGAGGGGACAAAAUACCAAUGAUCGAUGGCAUGAGGAGCGUGGAAAGCGCAUUCAGUCCGCAAACUACCACCGAAUCUGUGCUGCGACAGAAAAGACAAGUUUAGUUGGAUUGGCCUCAACAAUAGUGCAGGGACAAGUUGUGAGGCAAAAUGAAGCGAUGCGACAUGGAUGCAAGUAUGAAAAAACUGCGAUACACAUUUAUGAGAGUGCAAGGAAUGUUAAAGUCAAGUCUUGUGGCAUAACGGUUUCACGGACACACCCAUUUCUAGGGGCAUCUCCAGAUGGAAUUGUAAAUAAAGACUUGAUAGUUGAGGUGAAAUGCCCAUUCAGUGCUAUAAAUAAAGAGAUUUCCUCAGUGACAGUGCCAUAUCUUAAGGAUGUGAACGGUAAACUCAAAUUGAGUGCAAAACAUCCUUAUUAUUAUCAGAUUCAGGGCCAGUUGUUUUGUUCGGAACGCAAGUACUGUGACCUGAUCGUUUAUACAUUGACUGACAUAAAGUACAUAAGGGUACACAAAAAUGAGGACUUCAUUUCACAGAUGCUGUUAAAACUUGAACAUUUCUUUGAGAAUUAUUUUAAGACUGAAUUGUUGAAAAAGUUGUAUUACAAGGAUGUUUAAAAUAAGUUCCCUGCAUGUGUAAAUACUUUUGUUACCAUGUUUCUUGUAGUUCCUGGUUUGGUUCUAAAAUAUUUGUUUGACUAUUAUAUGUGUUAUACAAUGCAUUGUAUUAGAAAUAAAUAUUUGUUUUUAAAAAUUUGUUUUUUCAACAGUUCGCUUCUAAAAACCAUAUUGUCAGGAUUAUUAUUUUAUGAUGAUGAGAGAAUUGUAUACUUGUAAAGUGGAACCCGUCUCAUGAACUGACUAAUAUUACUACUCGUGAACACCUUGAAAUUGGGAAAAAUGCGUCGUGAACUCUUCGAAUUAGGAAAUUAGCGUAUUUGAUUUUUUGCUUACAUAUACCUUAAAAUUAAAAAUAACUGUACCAAGUUGUUAAUAUUAUAUUUACUU